AUGGCAUCCAACGAAGUUUCUGAGAAAUAUGACCUCCAAAACACCAUCACAAACGCCACCACCCCAUCCCCCCCUUCAGAGCCGACCCCAGGCCAGUCCUCCCACCUAGACUAUGCCAACUCAGCAGGUCUCACGCACACAAUCACCGCAGAGUCUCGCCUCCCUGCCUUUGGCGGAGCCUUCCAGCCGGGUCUCUAUCGCCCGCAGAAGAAGGCAGCCAACCCUGCACCCCUCGGUCUCUGUGCCUUUGGCCUCACUGUUUUCCUCUUGGGGUGUGUCGAGAUGAAGACUCGGGACAUCACCCAGCCUAUCUUUCUUGUUGCACCUGCAUUUGCAUACGGGGGGUUGGUCCAGCUACUGGCUGGCAUGUGGGAAAUGGCUGUAGGAAACUCGUUCGGCGCGACUGUCCUCUCCUCGUACGGUGGAUUCUGGAUCUCAUUCGGGAUCAUCCUAACGCCAGGUGGUUUCGGAAUCAAGGAAAAUCUUGUGGAGGCGAGCGCUGGGACGCCUGAUAUGUUCUACGACUGUCUGGGGUUGUAUUUACUCGCCUGGUUCAUCUUCACCAUCGUAAUGACCCUAUGCACCCUCAAAUCGACCCUCGCGUUUUUCACCCUCUUCCUCUUCGCCGAUCUUGCUCUCCUCUUGCUAGGAAUCGGAUACCUCCUCCGAGACGCCCAGGGCACGCCCAACAGCCCCCUGUGCCAAUCCGGCGGCUUCUUUUCAAUCAUGUGUGGUUUCCUGUGCUGGUAUAAUGCCUUUGCCGGUCUGGCGGACCGCAGCAAUACCUAUUUGAUUCCCCCGGUUGUGCAUUUCCCUUGGUCGGAGCAGGGGCGCAGGUCUCGUGGUGGGGAUGUUGAGGCGGCGUAGGUCAGAAGUUUGUGGUGGCAGGUUUUGGUGGUGUUGAUG